GUUCUGGGACAUACCCUGUUCUCGGGUGAAAUUAAUGCCAGUGCUAACCAGGAAGCACUUCAGAUUGAAGGUGUUUUUGAUUUAUUGCCCGGUAACGAGCUUUUUAGCCUGCGUACCGUAAGGCCUAUAUGCGGAAAGAUUACCAGUGAUGACCUGGCCAUUUCCGGUGAAAUAGAAGGACGCUUUGCGAUGUUCGCUCUGCGCGGCUCUCUGGAUAUGGACAAGACAGGUAUCGAUAUGUCCCUGAAGUUCCUCUCCGCUGAAACCACUUUUACCUUAACCGAAGGUACCGUGCAAUACAAGGGAAAACCGCACAAUGCUGUGGUUACCAAUGGUGAAGCAAAGAUUGGGUGGGUAAAUGGCCAGAUGUUUAUUUACCAGGCGGCAUUUAAUUAUACCCUGGGCCUGAAGGAAGAGGAGGUGGACAUGGG